AAUCAAAAUAAACAGGAAACAAACGGACCACCGGAGUUUCCCAUGAUUCAAUGGUUUGUAGUUACCGGGCAGCUGGCUAGCUAACUAGCAAACUUCAAAGUAGUGGGGUCUCGAUGCCAGAGUGGAGGCGGCGCUGCCGGGGAGACGAGCUAACUAAUCACUUGAGACUGAUUCCCAGCUAAGCAGUGAUUGGAACAAGUGGCUGCAGGGACUCCAAGCCACCAUGGUUACUGACAACAAAGCACGGACCUAUCUUUGCUCUCCAUAAGCACUUAACACCUCCGCAAGUGGAGCUGAAGCCACAUCGUUCACCAUUAAACUGUGAGAUGACCUCCGCUGCCGACCUCCAGGCGGCCCCUCUGGUCUCCGGCCUGGAACCGGGGAUGGGGAGGUCCGCGGCCAUGCUGGGGCUGUCGGCAGGGCUGGGCGGAGCAGAGAUGGAGCUGCAGAAGAUGCUGAUUGACGAGAGGAUCAAGUGUGAAAACCACAGGACCAACUACCAGACGCUGAAGGCAGACCACACCAGCCUGCAGAACGAGUUCAUGCGGGUGCAGGGGGAAGUGAGGCGCCUGCUGAGUGAAAAGCAGUCGGAGCAGGAGAAGCUGCAGCUGCUGCUGGCUGAGCUGCGAGGAGAGCUGCUGGACAAAACCAGGGAGCUGGAGGAGCUGCGGCUGCAGGUGAUGACCCCUCAGCGGCUUGAGCUACUCAGAGCUCAGGUGCAGCAGGAGAUGGAGGCUCCAGUGAGAGAGAGGUUCAACAAGCUUGAGGAGGAGACGGAGAGGUAUCGCUCGGAGUACAACAAGCUGCGCUACGAGUUCACCUUCAUCAAGUCCCAGUGCGAACACCAGAGGGAGGAGCACGCCCGCGUUCUGGAGGAGAGGAGGAUCCGCUACGAGGCGGAGGUGUCUCGACUGGAGAAGGACAGAGAGGAGCUGGUGGCUCAGUACCAGGGUUCAGACGCUCUGCGCGAUGGGAAGCGGGUGGAGGCCCUGCUCAGAGAGAAGGCCCAGCUCCACCAGAGGCUCAAAGGCCUGGAGGCAGAGGUGGCUGAGCUGCGGGCCCAGAGGGAAAACUCCGGGCAGCAGGCGGAGAGCGUGCAGCGGGUCCAGAUCAGACAGCUGACGGAGUUCCAGGCUGCAGUGAAGUCGCUCGAGGCGGAGCGUCAGUCGCUGCGGCAGCAGCUGGAGAGGAUGGAGAGCGAGCUUCGCCAGAGCCACGAGCAGAACGGCCAACUGACCGGGCGGCUGCACAAGGCCGAGAGAGAAGCCAGCGCGCUGAGCUCCCAGAUUGAAAGCCUGAAGCAUUCCCAUAAGCUGGAGAUGGCCAGUGUCAGACUGGAGUGUGCUCGCUCUAAAGGCGAGAUGGAGCGGGAGAGGGACACGCUGCAGGGCCAGGCGGACGGUCUCCAGGCGGACGUGGAGGUGCUGAAGGCCGCCCUGGAGCGAAACAAGGAGGCCCUGGUGGAGAAGGAGAGGGAGAUAGUGAGGAAGGUGCAGUCGGCCCGAGAGGAGGAGUUCAUCAAGUCGGCCACCUUACACGAGGAAAAGCUGGAGUUGGAGAACCGCCUGGCCGUGUUGGAGCAGCAGAGGGCGCUGCAGGACGCGUCGGAUCAGGCCAUGAAGGAGGAGUGGGAGGAACGCUUCCGCAGCGCCCAGCAGGGAGAAGACUCGGCGCGCAGGGAGCUGCAGAACCUGAGAAGUAAACUGCAGCAGCAGAGUUCGCAGCUGGAGGAGCUGGAGAGACGGACGGCAGAGAUUACCGACCUGCAGCAGCAGAACCAAGAGCUCGCUGCCCAGCUGGGGGCGCUGUCGCGCUCCGAGAGCGACCUGACGGACGCCAACCAGAGACUGCGAGAAACGGUGGACAGAGUGAGGGAGGAGCUGAGGGCGGCCCGCGGCCAGGCGGAGCGCAGCCAGCACCAGGCGGAGAGGCUGGUGGAGGACCGGCGGCUGGAGUGGCUGGAGGAGAAACACAAGCUGCAGGAGCGAGAGGCCGAGCUGCAGCACAAAUACUCUCAGGCCAAGGAGAAGCUGCAGAGGGCGGCGGUGGCCCAGAAGAAGAGAAAACAUCAGACAGAGAACAGAGAGAAGAAGCUGCAGGAUAAGAUCCAGCUGCUGGAGGCUAAGGUGGAGGAACUGCAGCUGGAAGCUGCCGCUGCUAAAAAACGGUCCGCGUUCUCAGAGGAGCAGGCUCAACUAAAGAGGCGGCUGAAGGAGCUGCAGCGACGCCACAACGACUUCCGACGCCUGCUGCUCGGCGGCCAGGGUCCCUUCGGCGGAGGUCCUCCCCUCAUGACCUCCUCGCUGUCCUUCCCCGUCCUCGGCUGCGAGGGGCCGCUAUCCGCCGACCUGGAGGGGGAGUUCUCCGUGCUGCGCAGGAGGCUGGAGAGUCUGGAAAGUGCUCAGCAGCAGCAGCUGGAGGAGCUGGGCUCGCUGGUGCAGAAGGACCGCGAUGCUACUGCCACACCUGACCCCUGACCCCUGACCUGCUCGCUUUGUCAAGCAGUCGCAAUCCGAUGGUGCUUUUUAAAAGUCAGUUGGAUCACAAACUGUAUAGAAGAGUGGAACCACGCCUGCUUGUGGUGUAAAAGUCCUCUCCACCUUAAAGCAAGCAGACUUUCUCAGGAUUCAAUCUUGGAUUGAAACACUUGUUUACACUUGCUCUGAGCCAGGGGUUAGCAACCGCUAUAAAAAAAAAAAAUACAGGAUACAUUGGGGAAAAAGUUCAAAUUUACCUUUUUGAUCAAUUAGGAUUGGUUCAAAGUUAAGUUAAAGAACAACAAUUUUAUUUCUGUGGUAAAACAGGAAAUUUUACUUUUAUUAUAAGGAAAUAAAUGUUCUUAAAAGGAACGUUCUAGAUUAAAACAAACUACAUUGUUUGAUGUAAUGACAAAAUAAACCAGCAUUUAUUUUCCGUUGUGCCAUUCAGGGCCACCCUGGUGUGUAAAUUCCAGAAAACCCCCAGAAACUCUCCUCAGAUCAGCAUUUCUGGCUGCUGUUGUCCACAGCCCUGCUCAGGGCUUCAAAGGCCCGGGCUGCCGGCCCCUGGUCUGAGCCAUGGAGGAAAGCAUUUCUAUGACGGUGUUGACAAAAAAGGCACUACACCACCGCAAGUUGCACAGGAAAUGUACAGAUUAUUUUUACUCUCAUAACGACUCAGGUAUCGGUCUGCUUUGUGACUCAUCUGUGUCUUCUUUGGGCCAUUUUGGAUACUAGUGUGUGAUAUUUAAUGCUACUGUUUAUUAAAGCUUAUGAGAUGAA